UCAGUCUUCCAGUUACACUCGUCACCGCCGCUUCAAUCUCAUUAUUACUGUUUUUAAAUUUUUUAAAAUUCAAAUUCCCCCGCUAAAAUGUAUAUCCCUAAGUAACCAGUACUCAACUGUCCGUCCAUCUGACAUUUAAAAUUUUUUCUUACUCCUUCAUAAAAAAAAACCAAUAAAUUGAACACCAGUUUUAAAAAAUUUAAAUUUUGGCGCCAAGACAACCGCGGGUUGAUUUAAAUAAAUUAAAAAAAAAUUAAUAAGGAAGUGUGAUUAGUUAAUUAAAAAAAAAAAUAACUAUGCCAUAGUUUUGUUAACUAGCGUGUAAAAAAAAUAAAAUUACACCGUCAUAGUCACUGCGCUAAUUUUUAUACGUUUCUUUACGCCUUACAAAUAUUAUUACCGAAUCAUGCUAAGAUUGAUAUUGAUAGCGCUGCUGACGGGUUGCCGAGUGAAUGGAAAUUCCGAUAGCGCAAAUGAACCCCAUCAUCGACAGAAACGAGUAUUUUGGAUCACCAAUGAUGGAAGGAUAGCUCUGCCUCCUGGUACAAUAAUGACAAUCACUCCCACACUGGCACUACCGUUCGUACGUUAUCCUCCACAUGGAUUUCUCAGCAAUAUGACCAUCAGUCUUCCUUUUACCAUUGAUUUCGAUAAACUGGGAUUGACAGACAAUGAAAAUCCUUACGGUGCAUUGCCGCCAGUGUUUGGCAGAGGAAUGGACAGUAGAAGAGCCGGUAUGAUGAUGGCCGAUUUUAUAGCCUCGUUUAUAAAACGACGAUUACAUAAACGUGAUUUAGAGGAAGCACCGCCUAAAAAUGCAUUUCAUGGCGGAGAACGUGCAUUACUAUACAUAACUGCUGAGGAAAUGCUGAGUACGCUGGGCAUGGAUGGGAAAGCUUGUUUACUUCGCGCUAUUUGCGAAGUUCAAGGCCAUCCGCUCAGUAAUUUUGGACUUAUUGGAGAAAUGCUCAAGCUCUUUUUCACGGCAAGCAAGUCACCAUUUGCAAAUUUACUUAACGAGUACGUCGAAGCUGAAAAUCGUGGAAAAAUUCACGGCGAGUGCUGGCCUUAUUACAAAAAUUGUCCAAAGUCAUUAUUUUUACCCUCGACAAAUCGAUAUACAAAAAAUAACAAUGACUUAGAAUCGGAAGAAAGUGAUGAUAAUAAAAUAAAUGACCAAAAGAAUGCCAAGGUAUCAGAUUAUGACAGACAGAGUCAAGAGUAUAUGAUAAAUCCUUCAAUGUAAAUAUUGUAGUUUAGUUAAACUAUUUUACCAAUACGUGAUUAAUUAAUUAAUCUAUUAAUUAAGUAUUUACUUUGUUGUUAUUAAAAUUAAGUUUGGGAUUGUAUAGAUCACUUGUCAUAUUUAAUAAAAUAAUCAUUUAUAGUUAAUAAUUGCGGCCACAAUGUGGCGAUGAAGCUCAGGUGUAAUUUAAAAAAAAAAAAAAAAUUAUUUAUUUAUUUAUUUUAUUUAUUAAAUAAAUAAUAAUUUGCAUUACUAAUUUAUUACUAUAGUCAUAAUUAAAAGAUGAUCUAAUGUAAACAUUCAUAUUUAUAUAAAAUAUAAUAAUAAUAAUCAUUAUAUAUUUAUAUUAAAAUUAAGUUAUAAAAAUUGUUAAUGCCAUAUUUAA